CUCCGUGCAAGAGAGACGUCGGCACCUCGCGCCGCGCGCACAUGGCCAGUCUGCCUGCACCGACCCCGCAUACCUCCGUGUCCUUAUCACGUGUUUAUAUAUAUUUAUCGUGAUUUUUAUACAUUUCGAGUGUAUCAUCCCCAAGUGUUAAGUGUAUCGCGGAAUCGAAUAUUGUCCCGUCGAGUUGCUUCAGCCACAAGGUUGAGAUUUCUAAUUUUUUUGCGGGGUUUUGAAUAAUUAUCGUUGUUUUGAAAAAGUGCUGGAGGGUAUUAAACUUGGUGUAACUCCCCUUAAAAGUGUACUCGGCCCUUAUUUUUUCGAAUCUAGGCGGUGUCUUCUUUUUGUGUGCGGGAUUCUUCAAAUUCUGGUUCCUGUGGUGAUAUUUAAUUUAUUUAUUUAUUCAUUAUUUUUCGAGUGAUCGGAGUGUUGAUUUGUGCCUGAUUCAGUUUCAUAAAGCUCCAGCUCUUCUGGGAAUCUUAUUAGACAGUGCAUCUAGAGGAUCAGAGGAGAAAAGGAUGCAGUGUUGGAUUAAAACUUUCAUCUGAGCGACAAACUCUCCUCACAGACUAGUCCGAAAACUGAACGCAGACCAGAUUUCAUCUAGAGUCUUCAUAAUAAGCCAUAAACAAGUCUGAUUUUUGGACAUCCACCAUUGAACAGUCAAAUGCAUAAGAUCAAAUUUUGCUACUCCGUCUCAGAUUGCUCGAGGUGUGCGGAAGGAUAAGGCGGGGAGGAUGAGGAUCCUGAGGCUGAAGCGGCUGGACUCCUCGCACGAGUAUGAGGACGGCGCGGAGGACCAGAAGAGGGAGCGGACGACGGCGACGGCCGAGAGACAGGACAAAACGAUCAAGUCGGAGCGCGGCCGCCAGGAAAAGGGCCCCGAUCAACCGCAGGUCUUCCAGACCGUCACCGCCAUGCCGGCCCUCAUCCUGGAGGACGACGCUCCGCCCAUCGAUAUGAAAAGAAAGCUCUCCACCUGGGGCCGAAAGAUGGGCAAGAAACUGGACCUCCUCCGACGCUCGGAGUCGCGGGACUCCCUGGACUCGGACAGCAUCGGCUCCCGCGACAGCCUCCGGAAGCGGACCCCCCUCCGCGGCGGGAAAUCCUCGGAAAACAUCAACACUCCAACCUCCACCGACUCCAACACCCGAUCCUCCAUCAAAGGCUUCUUCAACCGCCUCGGCUACAACAACCAAACCCGGCUCCAGACCGGGAGCUUCCGGGCCUCGGAGAAAGCCCCCGAGCCGGAACUCUACCGCUCCGUCUCCACGUCGCACCUCGUGACGUCAUACGUCCGCGGCGACGACCCCGCCGACUGCCUCGACAAGCCCGCCCCCAGCGACAAAGACGCCAACUACCCCAUGAAGACCAUGUCGUGCGAUAAUAUCUCCAGGCUGGGCCAGGGGGCGACGCCGUCGCCCAAGAAGGCCAACUUCCCGUACGCGUUUUUGAGGUCCAAGUUGUCCGUCCUCCCGGAGGAGAACGUCAAGUCGGGGCUCUCGUGCUCCAAGUUCGCGCAGAGCGACUCGUUCAGUACGUACGAGACGCUGCGCGUGAGGUCCAACUCCGAGGAGCACUUUCCGAACCUGAAGAUCGAGCCGACGAUAGAGUGCAGCACGCUCGGGCGGCGGAAAAAACCAAGUCUGGAGAUCAACAGGGGUAGCUGUUUGUCGAUGAAGGCGGACAAGCUGCACCUGAGCAACUACGUGAGCUCGAACGAGUCAGGCUACGACAGCGACAGCACGAGGAACGCAGAAGACAGUUUCAUGCUCAAGCUGGAUCUCAGCGAGAAGUCGGACCUCAACGAAAGUUUCGACUCGAGCAGUGUCAAGUCCGAGCGGCUCGACGACACCGAGCAACCCUUUAGUCUGGCCCUACAGCCCAGCUCCCCCUGGGCCUACAAUAGCCUGAGCCGGCAGUUCAAGUCGCGGCAAUCUAGUCAGGGCUCGGAAUCCCCGCCUUUCAAGUUCAAGGGCGACAAACGGGACAUCCCCCGCACCCCCAAGUUCACCCGGCAGAUGUUCGUCAAGAACACCAAGCCCCGGAGGAUGUUCUCGACGGUGCUACCUAUCGAGCAGGAGAUGACGUCACUCCCGCCCAUGACGUCACUGCCACCCAAUCUCAACGCGGAGCCGAGCAGGAGGUUCCGGCUCAUCCGGCUCCUCAAAGUCAGGGCCGACGAGGACCUGGGCAUCUACCUCACCAUGAAGGCGCUCGACUUUCAGAGUUCCGAGGUCCGCUACAUCGUCGUCAAGCUCGAGGCCGGAAAGAUCGCUGAAAGGGACGGCCGCAUCUGCGUCGGGGACGAGGUGGUAAACGUGAACGGACGGGUUCUGCGCGGGAUCACGGCCCUCCAAGAGGUCCAGGAGAUCCUGAGCAAAUGCGAACCGAGCUCAAGCGGCCACGGCUUCCACGUGGACAUCGUCGUCGUCCGCCAGGAGACCCCCUUCACCGCCCGACCGCCCGCCGACCCCCCUCGGGACCGACCCCCUUCCACCACCCCAACCCCCACCCCCAGCAGCCGCGUCGUCAUGCGCACCAUCAGCAUCGACUCCGACUCCAGCGAGUCCUCCAAGUCAGACUCGGUCUUCACCAAGCCCGAAACAUCGUCCCAGGGCGAUCCCGAAUCGUCCUUCGCGAAGCCGGACACCCCCGACUUCCACACCGCUUCCCACUUCCCCGCCCACCCUGAUCUCAGCCAGAACUUCUUCUCGGUCAACUACUCCAGCUCUUCAUCCACCACCUCCUCGUCGUCGUCGACCAGUUCGUCGACCAACCCCUUCGUUUCGUCCACGAACCCCUUCACGUCGAGCCCCUCGAGUAGUUCUUCGACCUCGUCGACGAAUCCUUUCGUUUCAAACCCGUUCGGUGAGGUGUCCCAGAGGGGCUGGGAGCAAGGGUCUAGGCAGCAGGAGGCGAAGGCGAUCAUCAACAGGGUGCUGGCGUCGGGUCUCGGGGAGUCGAUGUCGGACUUCGGGCAGACGAUCACGACGAACCAGUUCUCUGUCUGCUUCAGCAAAGGCAUCGGGAAGAAGUCGCUUGGGUUCAGCAUCGUCGGAGGUCGUGACUCCCCGCGGGGGGAGAUGGGCAUCUUCGUCAAGACGAUCUUCGCAACCGGGCAGGCCGCCGAGCAGGGGUUGCUCAUGGAAGGUGACGAAAUUUUGGCGGUGAAUGAUGAAAGUUUGCAAGGAAUGUCCCACGCCGAAGCAAUCGGGGUGUUCAAGAAAAUUCGAUCAGGUGAAGUAGAACUCAAAGUCGUGCGUAGACGAUUUCAAGAAAAUUCUAAUAAAAGGAUCUUCAAACCGAAGUGCAUCGAAAUAAUGCAAGCUCAAUGUUAACCAAUCUUCACCUAAUCGUAGCCACAUAGUCGGUUGAGAAACUCAGGAACUCCCCUGCUACGUCAGUGCUCAAAUUGUUAACCUUGUCUUUCUGAUGUAUACGCUCAAAAAGUGUAUUGUACAAUGUGUUCAUUUGUAAAGUUAGUUAAAAACCACUCUUCCAAGACUGUGAAUCAUACAUUUUGUACAUACUAACUCUGUAUAUUAAACACGAUUUGAUUUUGCGUUAAGUUUUUAUCAUAACGAGACUCUACUUGAUUUUGAAACAUUUUUUCAUUCAAAAUAUAUUUUAAUUAAAAGUU